CCUGUGUGAAGAUCUCCUGUCAGGAAUGCGGGGUGUGGUCUGCUGGGUUGUUGGUGAAGGGUGAGAAUCGCCAUGGCAUCAUACGCUGCCGCAGUGCUGAUCUUCGCCUUGCAAAUGGGUGGGUUUGCGGCAGGAGUCAUAUCAGCGCAUCAACGCUGUGGAGUCAUCUCAUCGCAUCAACGCUCAUCCCCGUCUUUCAUCCCCCUCCUCCCAGCCCUUCGCCAACGCCCAUCAGAUGGCCGCCUGCACCUUGCCCGCCGCUCUGCGUCGACCAAGCUCGAUGAGGAGAAGCUGCGCAAUGAGCUGGCCUCGCGCAACGUCGAUGCGGCGGAGUCUGCACUGGGGGAAGUGGAUGUCGGGGGCGGUCUGUUGAAGGAUCUAGUCAAACCAAGACCUUAUGCAGCUGUCGUGACUCAGAAGUUCAUCGAGAAUGUCGAUGACUUCCUGGUCUCUCUGAGGCAGCGGCCGUCGGCGAGAGGUGCUGAGAAGGGCAAGAGGGAGCGCAUAGUGGUGCUGGGCACUGGGUGGGGGUCGCACGCCUUCCUGUCAACGGUGGAUGCGUCCAAGUAUGAGGUGAUAGUGAUUAGCCCGAGGAACUUCUUCCUCUUCACGCCGAUGCUCGCGGGGGCGGCCCUCGGCACUGUAGAGUACAGAUCUAUCACUGGUCAGUGAGGAUACGAUGCGCCAACACACGAAGCUGUUCUGCUUUUUGGUUUUGCUGAUUUCCUCUUCCCCCCUCUGUCUUGUCUGUCUGUGCACAGAUCCCAUCCGCAAUGUGAACCCGCUUGUGGACUACUAUGAGGCCACCUGCACGGACAUCGAUCCGGUCAAGAAGACGGUGGCGUGUCAGUCAGUGGUGUGUGAGGGCACCUCAUGCACCAUCGAGCAGUUCGAGGUGCCAUACGACCGCCUGCUCAUCGGGGUCGGCGCACAGACCGCCACUUAUAACAUUCCCGGUGUGAAGGAGCACUGCCAGUUCCUCAAACAGGUCACACACUGGGCCAGGCUCACGCAUGAGUGCAGAGAGCCAUCCCACCCAUGGUUUUGGUUGCCGUGUUCAUUAUAUCAGGUUGGCGACGCCAAGAAGCUGCGUCGUGCGAUAGGGAACGUGUUUGAGCGUGCCAACAUCCCUGGUCUGAGCGAUGCGCAGCGGCAGGCCAUCCUCACCUUUGUGGUCGUGGGGGCCGGCCCCACCGGCGUGGAGCUCAUGUCGGAGCUGCUCGACUUCGUCGAACAAGACGUGCCGAGGUGAGUGAGCGUUAUGUAGGUGGAGAGCGAGGGACGGUGGUGUCAUGACCGACGCGGGCUUGAUUGCGUACAUGUGCAGGUACUAUCCUCAUCUGCUGCAGCACGUCCGUGUCAAGCUGGUUGAGGCCACCGAUACGGUCCUCAUGGCCUUCGACGAGUCGCUCAGGCAAAAGGCUGCAGAGGUAGGUGAGAGAGGGGAGGAAGGGAAGAAUGUCAAGCGGAUGGAUGCUCGCUCUGCCCGCCUGCAUUUUGUUCAGCGUUUGCUGAGUCGUCCUGAUCGUCUUGUGGCGAGAGGUCUGCUGGACGCCUCGGCCGAUCCGCUGACAGAGAUCAAGCUUCAGGCGGGCGUCAAAGAGAUCACCGACACAGAGGUGGUCCUCACCAAUGGGGACAGAGUCGCAUACGGCCUGGUCGUGUGGGCAGCAGGUAUGCCCACUCUUUAACAACACAAACAGGUGCACCCUUCACUCAUUGGCUGUGUGGAUGGGAUGGGAUGGAAUGGAAUGGAAUGCAGGCAACGGUCCCCUUCCUUUGGUGCUGAGCGCGAUUGACAAGUUUUCCGAGCAGAAGGCGGCGCAGUCCAAGGCGAGGGGGCGGCUGGUGGUCGACCCAUGGCUCCGGGUCAAAGGCGCUGACGACAUCUUCGCCAUCGGAGACUGCACACUCAUGGACGAAACACCCCUGCCCGCCACCGCACAGGUGAAUGCACUACACCCACACCAACCUGUCACUCACCUGUGUCUCUGGCUGCGUAUCACGUGUGUCUUGUGCAGGUGGCCAGUCAGCAGGGUGCGUUUCUGGGCCGGCUGCUGAACCACGAUGUGGAUCUCAGGGCACACCCGAUCCCGAAGCGGCUGGGGAGGAGGGGCUCCCUGAGUGAGGUGUUGAUCGACGGUUCCAACGAUUACCCCAAGGCCUUCCAGUUCCUCAACCUGGGAAUCCUCGCAUACACGGGGGACAACAGCGCGCUCGCGCAAGUGCAGGUGCGCGGGUGGUAAUGAAUCGAUGUGCGCCAUAAGCUCUCUGUGUCUGUCUGUCUCUGUGUGUCGUGUUUGUCGUCAGUUUGAUCAGAAUGUUAUCAAGCAGGCUGGCACGGUUGGGUGGCUUCUAUGGCGAGGGGUAUAUUUGUCCAAGCAGGUGUCUUGGAGGAACCGCUUCCUCGUGGGUGUCGACUGGCUCAAGACCAGGAUGUUCGGCCGGGAUAUCUGCAGGGACUACUGACUGAUAGGUCUGAUGGCGCAAUCAGUGCAGUGACUGCAUGCAUGGAUGAACUACCAAUACAUACAUUCGUACAUGUCUAUGGACACAAGCGCCAUCUGGCGCCGAUUUUGUCGAUAACAUCUGGCCAUGUCUUGCUUCGGUCGCGCAUUUGAGCAUGUGCAGACCACACACUCGUCGUGGAGACACACAUCUAUAGACAAUGGAGAC